GGUGACUGAUGCCCGGUGAGAAGGUGAACGUGACAUAUGCCCUCGUCAGCUGCAAGAAAGGAACUUGGAGACAGGUGACUGAUGCCCGGUGAGAAGGUGAACGUGACAUAUGCCCUCGUCAGCUGCAAGAAAGGAACUUGGAGACAGGUGACUGAUGCCCGGUAAGAAGGUGAACGUGACAUAUGCCCUCAUCAGCUGCAAGAAAUGAUCUACGAGACAGCGUUCCAGGCUAUUGGAGACCUAAGAUGGCUGAUCCACAUGUGACUGAUGCCCGGUGAGAAGGUGAACGUGACAUAAGCCCUCGUCAGCUGCAAGAAAGAAUUUACGAGACAGAACUGCAUGAGAGAGAUAAGCCACGCCCCCUCAUCUCCCCCUCCUGGAGGACGCAGGUGUGCAUGAGAGAAAGAAGCCAGAGCAGGGGAAGAGAGAGGACUUAAUUCUCAGGACACAGGUCUGCACUGAAAGAAGACAGAGAAUAUAAGAGUGUUAUCUGAAGGGGAGGGUAACAAAGUGCACGGGCUGGGGAUGUAUAGACUGCAUGGGAAGAAAUCUCGGACUGGGGAUGAUUUCUGUGUGUGAGGGGGGGACUCCUGAAUGACACUUGAUGUGAGUUGUAGUCCCUGCUAUGUGUGCUAGUGUUUACAAAGCAGUUUGCCUCCAGCUGUUGCAAAACUACAACUCCCAGCAUGCCUGGACAGACUUUGGGCAUGCUGGGAGUUGUAGCUUUGCAACAGCUGGUGGCACACUGGUUGGGAAACACUCUGCUAGCCUAUUCAGCAUACACAUCAUGUUACACCAGUGUUUCCAAACCAGUGUGCCUCCAGCUGUUGUAAAACUACAACUCCCAGCAUUCCCUGACAGUCGUUGUGAAUGCUGGGAGUUGUAGUUCUGCAACAGCUGGAGGCACACUGAUUGGGAAACACUGGCCUCGCCUAUUCAGUAUAUUACAAACAAAGUGCAUUGUUUCUAAACCAAGGUAUCUUCAGCUGUAUCAAAACUACAACUCCCAGCAUGCCCGGACAGCUUUUGGCUGUCCGGGCAUUCUGGUAGUAGUAGUUUUGCAACACCUGGAGGCACCCUGGUUGGGAAACACUGGUGUAUGCCCUAUAGAGGUGUAGUGAACUACAACCCCAGGAGACUACAGAGGCAGCAUGCUGGUGUUAUACCACAGACUGAAGACUCCUGAAUGACACAUGCUGGGAUUUGUAGUCCCUUAUGUGUGUAUAUGCCAGUGUAUCCCAACCAGGGGUGAUUAUAUUAGUGUUCUGUGUAUAAGGGGUCCGACCCGGGAAAAUAGUAGGGUGGGUAAAGGGCGGAACAAAAAAAAAAGGAGCUGCUCCAAACCAGCAAGGCAUGUGGCAUGCUGGGAUUUGUAGUUUUCAGCACAGCAAGAAACAGGAAAUAGAAGCAAACGAAGUGGGGGAUAAAAAGACAUCAAAGAACGGAAAUAGAGUAGCCUAAACAACAAGAAUAGAAAUGAAACAAAACAAAUAGGGUAAGUCAAAAACGGAAAAACAUGUUGACUACUGGAGUACCCCUUUAAUUUGAUUUGUUCACCUCCCUUUGUUCGCUGCAUGUCACGUGUGUACACUCUCACCCACCUUUGUUUCUUGCACUUAUAUGUAAACAUCUAUGUAUGGGCAAAAUGCUCAGUCAUUAACUCCUCUUUUCCCUGAUCUAAGAUGGCCGUCUCGCGAGUACGGGUGAAAUGCACAUACGCACGAUCUCCCGGAACAUCGCGAUUUUAUGUGCACUUCAUGAUGGUCUCUGUUCUGUGCAGUAUAUUUACUGGGCGUGAUGAUGUAGCGGACGCGCUACGUCAUCUUUACAUCUGACAUGCGCAGCUGAUACCAACAUGGCACCCGAAUGCCAUACCGUUUCGGUGUACAUUCAUUUUCAGAGGAUCAGAAUCCGCUGACAUAGUGAGGAGACGUGUGGGCAUCAAGUUCUGCAGAGAGAACAUUUAGCUGAAACAAGUCCUGGCGAGAAUAAUAGUCAAGAUAUGUUUGGUGAUAAAGUUAAGUCUACUAUAUUAAACCCAACUAAGUGUCCAAGAGAAGUUGCUGGCCACCUUAAAAGGUAAAAAAGAUGGAUACAUGUCCAAACAGUACAGAAACAGAAUUUUAUAUCUUAUCAAUAUCUACCUCAGGAAUGGGAAGGCACCUGCUUUUUGUUGGAGUGUUACUGAUGUAUCUAUUGACUGUGAAUGGAAACUUACUUAUUACUGGACUAAUAUGCUUGGAAGCCCAGCUGCAUACACCCAUGUACUUUUUUCUCGGAAAUCUCUCCCUGGCAGACGUCAUCUAUGUAUCUACUACUCUUCCAAAGCUGUUAUUCAUAACUGCAACACAAGACCAUAGAAUAUGGUUCUCCUCCUGUAUUACUCAACUUUUCUUUUACAUGUUUUCUGCUGUCUGUGAUAUUUUUAUUUUGACCUUCAUGUCUUAUGACAGAUAUGUCGCCAUCUGCAUGGCCCUUCAAUAUCACCUCAUCAUGAAUAGGCAAGUAUACAUAUCAAUGGCUGUUUCCUCUUGGCUUAUAGCAGCUAUAAACUCCCUAAUAUAUGCACUCCUAACAUCCAUGUUAUCUUUCUGUUUUUCACAUGAAAUUGACCACUUGUAUUGUGACCUUAAAACCUUAUAUUCCAUAACCUCGAGUAACACCAUGAGCAGACAAAUAUUCAUGCUGUUUGGGAAUAUAUUUUUUACGUUUUUGCCUUUGUGUCUUACAAUAAUCUCCUACACAUAUGUUAUCUCCACCAUAAUGAAGAUACGUUCUUCUAAAGGACGGCUCAAGGCCUUCUCCAGCUGCUCGUCUCAUCUCACCACUGUCAUGUUAUUCUAUGGUCCAAUCAUUUUCUUGUAUGGGGACCCAGAAUCUGGACAUUCUAGUGACCAGGACAAGUUACUCUCAUUUAUCUAUAUGGCUGUGGUUCCAAUGCUAAAUCCUGUUGUCUAUACACUGAGGAACAGGGAGGUUUUGGGAGCAAUCAAAAAAGUAUCCAAUGAUAUAAGGAAAUUUUUAUUAGUCUAUUAACUAUAUAUGGAUUAGAAUCAGGGUGAGCUUAAGAUCAGAUGACUUCCUGUGCAGGAUUACUCGCACACCCCCCUCUCCACCCUCUGUACCAUAAUA